ACCAACUCUCCAUCUUUUACAGCUGAGGAAAGCCGUGAUGGACCACAUCUCUGAUUCCUUCCUUGAGACCAAUGUUCCUCUUCUGGUCCUCAUUGAAGCAGCCAAGACUGGAAAUGAAAAGGAGGUGAAGGAGUACGCUCAGGUCUUCCGUGAGCACGCUAACAAACUGGUCGAGGUAGCUAAUCUGGCAUGUUCCAUCUCCAACAACGAGGAAGGCGUGAAGCUGGUGCGCAUGGCCGCUACACAGAUCGACAGUCUGUGUCCUCAGGUGAUCAACGCUGCCCUGACGCUGGCGGCUCGUCCCCAGAGUAAAGUGGCUCAAGACAACAUGGACGUGUUUAAAGACCAAUGGGAGAAGCAGGUGCGCAUCCUGACCGAGGCUGUGGAUGACAUCACCUCUGUCGAUGACUUCCUGUCUGUGUCAGAGAACCACAUCCUGGAGGAUGUGAACAAGUGUGUAAUCGCUCUGCAGGAGGGGGAUGUGGACACGCUGGACAGGACAGCGGGGGCGAUCAGAGGUCGUGCCGCUCGCGUGGUCCAUAUCAUCAACGCCGAGAUGGAGAACUAUGAGCCGGGCGUCUACACUGAGAGAGUCCUGGAGUCCAUCAAGCUGCUGUCUGAAACCGUGAUGCCCCGCUUCGCCGAGCAGGUGGAGGUGGCCAUUGAAGCUCUGAGCACCAGCCCUCCUCAACCCUUCGAGGAGAAUGAGUUCAUUGAUGCUUCGCGUCUGGUCUAUGACGGCGUGCGUGACAUUAGGAAAGCUGUCCUCAUGAUACGGACACCUGAAGAGCUGGAGGAUGACUCAGACUUCGAGCAGGAAGACUACGACACCCGGAGCCGUACCAGCGUCCAGACCGAAGACGACCAGCUCAUCGCCGGACAGAGCGCAAGGGCCAUCAUGGCGCAGCUCCCUCAGGAGGAAAAGGCGAAGAUCGCUGAGCAGGUGGAAAGCUUCCGGCAGGAGAAGAGCAAGCUGGAUGCUGAGGUGGCCAAGUGGGACGACAACGGCAACGAUAUCAUCGUGCUGGCCAAGCAAAUGUGCAUGAUCAUGAUGGAGAUGACAGAUUUCACCAGGGGAAAAGGCCCACUGAAGAACUCGUCCGAUGUCAUCAAUGCUGCCAAGAAGAUCGCAGAAGCCGGAUCCAGAAUGGACAAACUGGCUCGAGCUGUGGCUGACCAGUGUCCUGAUUCAGCUUGUAAGCAGGACCUGCUGGCUUACCUGCAGAGAAUCGCCCUGUACUGCCACCAGCUCAACAUCUGCAGCAAAGUCAAAGCCGAAGUCCAGAACCUCGGAGGAGAGCUCAUCGUCUCAGGGCUGGACAGCGCUACUUCCCUCAUCCAGGCCGCCAAGAAUCUAAUGAAUGCCGUGGUCCUGACGGUCAAGGCCUCGUAUGUGGCUUCCACCAAGUACCAGAAGGUGUACGGUACAGCGGCAGUCAAUUCCCCCGUGGUGUCAUGGCGCAUGAAAGUGCCCGAGAAGAAGCCGCUUGUGAAGAGGGAGAAGCCUGAGGAGUGUCAGACCCGAGUGCGCCGAGGCUCGCAGAAGAAACACAUCUCACCGGUCCAAGCGCUCAGCGAGUUCAAGGCUAUGGACUCGUUUUAAAUCUACAGGUGGCAAGAAAAAAAAAGUUUCAAGGUUCCAAGCCCUCAAACUCUUCAACCACCUCCUGACUUUUCCUGUCUAUUCCCUCCUCCUCCCCCAGUCUUUCUUUCCUGUCUCCUGUUUGCAGCUUCCUGUAUCCCGUUCCACAUAGAGGCAAAAGUGUUGCCGUGGAUACUCUUACUGGAGAACUGCAUAACGAAACCAAGAUAAGCAGAAAAAGAUGGGCAUGUGUUUACUCUCGGAGCUUCGGCACCAUUCCCGUGGUGUUUGUUAGUUACCAGUGUUAGCCUGACUAGCCAUAUUUACACUGUUGUUGAUACGGGGUCCUCCUACUGACAUCCCUACUUUACAAAAAAAUGCAAGGCUGUUAAAGCAUGAGAAUGAGAUAAUAAGGCAAAGGGAACUAGAUAAGUGACUUAUGGUCAUGACUUAGUACCGAGAGGGAAUGAGAUCAUUUCAUCACGACCACAAAGGGAAUGAGAUGAUUAAGUCGCAGGCUUGUUCCCUUAAAUCACAGAGUUGUUGCUAUGACCUAAUUAUCUCAUUAUCUCAAGUUACAAAUCCAUAGCUAUAUCUCAUUCUCAAGUCAUGUUCUCAUGCUGGCAACUUAAUUAUCUCAUUUCCUUGAGGGACCAAGUCAUGGCCAUGACUUAAUUUUCUUGUUUGGUAGCAUGCCUCUAACUUCUAUAUCUAGUUUCCUUGUGUUAUAAAGUCACGGCCAUAACUUACCGAGCGCAUUUCCUCAUGUUACGUAUCCAUGGCUGUGACUUAAUUGAAUUAUUCUUAAGUUAUUAUGUUAUGGCAAUGACUUGAGAUCAUACGGUCAAAUUCACGGUCACAAAUGAACUAUCUCAUUCGAUUGAGAUCUGAAGUUGAGGCCAUGACUUAAUUAUCUUGUUUUGUCAAGUCAUGGUCGCCCUUUUUUUUUUUAAACAGGGAUGACAAACGGAAGAAGAUAAUAUAUGGUGCCGUAGCUGAAGCGUCCUGAAGCUCCUAACUUUGAAACUCAGUAUGGCUUGUAGUGUUAGAAAUGAAUUAAAAAAAUAAGAAUUAUUUGUCCUGACGAUCGACGAUCCACAUAUUCCACACGGUGACAUGACGUACGAGGUUUUGCAUUUUAUUUAAUUAUUAUUAUUGCAUCACUAACUAUUACAGACUGGUUGCCAUGGUGUUGAACAUGAUACUAGAAACGGACCGAGUCGACUAGUUAUGUGGUUUGUGCAGAGAAUAAGUAGAAUCCUGCAUAUCUUUAUAGUCACAGUUCUCUAAUAAACCUUGCAACUGUGUUA